GCUUCCUUUCUGUGUCUAACGUGUAUAACUGCCUGUGUUUUUAUUUGUUUCUGGUGAUCUCAUGAUCUACAACUCGAGCUGCAUGUUUGUUCUUUCCCAAUUAUCAUCCAAUUAAUCAUGUUGCUACGUACGUCCAAUUAAUCAUGUGUUAAUGCUGCUAUAAUUAAUGGAGUUAUGCUGUUGUCUUAGUACUGUGUUAUCCUGAUUUGGUUUUAUGUAUUAAUGUACAUGCAUGGUCUGUUUGCUUUGCUAUAUAUGUUUUGUUCGAUGUACGUACAGGCCGCUCCUUCUUAGUACUCUUCGCCAUUAGUCUCUAUAUCAUAUGUUAAUUAUGUCUGUCUAGGCUCUCUGGUUAGAGAUCUUAAGAAAGCUCGGUGCCUUUAUGUGGGCUGGCUUUCAAGUUCCAAUUGCUUGUACAAUAUACUUGGCUAUUAAAUCAUUAUUAAUAUAUGUAUUCAUAUAUUUCAAGAUGCUUGUAUGGACACAUGUAUUUCUUGCGUUUUUGCGUUGGAUGAGAACUCUAAGUACUCAUCCCAAGUCUCGCUAAUGGUACCUAAUUCACUCCUACAGAGGAGAUCAUUUACAGUUGUAUACAGCGCAAACAGCAGAGUCCCGGAAAAGAAAGCCAUGGAUUUGCGUGGAAAGCUUCUGCAACUACUGCUACUUGGGUUCGUAAUUUUAGCAGCAACAGCAGCAUCUAUUCCGAACUCAAACUGCGAACGUAUGUGUGGAGAAGUAGAAAUCCCCUACCCGUUUGGAACAAGCGAGGGCUGUUACCUUGACAAACCUUUUCUCAUCACGUGUAACCACACGUUCUCUCCUCCAAAACCAUUUCUGGACGUUGAUUUAUCUGUUGUGGACAUAUCAGUACCAAAAGGUGAACUCCGAGUCUCAAACCGCAUAGCCUUCCUCUGCAAACGUUAUAAUCCAAUUACUGCUAAUGCAAAGAAUCGUAAUAAGCCAGCUGUAUCAUCUUGCGGUAGGCUUAGAUAUAGUUCUUGCUUGCCAAGUACUGUGGACUACACACGCAUCUCUGCCUUGCUUAAUUUGUCAAGUUUUCGCAUCUCCGAAACGAGAAACAAGAUCACUGCUGUUGGUUGUGAUAUUUAUUCGUAUAUUCAAGGUUCAGAGGGACAGAAGGGCUUCACCACUGGAUGCUUAUCACUCUGUGACCAAAAUUUCAACGUGGUUAACGGGUCUUGCUCUGGCAUUGGCUGCUGCCAGACUUCUAUCCCAAAAGGAGCAACGGGGUAUAUUUUGAACGUUCGGAGCUUGAACAACGACACCUUACCUGGUGGCAAACAGCAAUGUGGUUACGGCUUUAUAGUGGAUGAACAAGCAUACAAAUUUUCCUCCUUAGAUUUCAGAAACUUAAAUAAUAGGACGACUGUACCCGUGGUGCUUGAUUGGGCAAUUGGAAAUAAGACAUGCAAAGAUGCUAAGAAAAAUAAGACAAGCUAUGCAUGUAAGGCAACGCAUAGUUAUUGUUACGAUUCCACCAACGGCCCUGGUUAUCGUUGCAAAUGCUCCUCAGGUUAUCACGGGAACCCAUACCUUCCUGAUGGACAAGAUGAUAGUUGCCAAGAUAUUGAUGAGUGCAACCUGGGCAAUUGGAAACUAGCUUGCAAUGCCACUACAACAUGCAUCAAUACUGAUGGAAAUUACUCAUGUACUUGUCCCAAGGGAUACGAAGGCGAUGGGAGGAUAAACGGAACAGAUUGUAGGCCUAUAGUUGGCCAAUCUAAUAAUAAGAUCAUCAGCAUUGCAUUGGGUGUCAGCAUAAGCCUCUUAGUGCUUCUUGUGGGAACCUCCUGGGUAUAUUGGGGACUCAAGAAAAGAAAACUCAUUAAACUCAAAGAGAAGUGGUUUCAGCAAAAUGGGGGCUUAAUGUUACAGCAACGACUCCAACAUCACACUGGAUCUAUGGAUACAACAAAAAUCUAUAGUGCAGGAGAACUUAAAAAGGCAACCGACAAUUACAACAAAAGUAAUAUCCUUGGUCAAGGAGGUUAUGGAACUGUUUACAAAGGAGUGUUGCCAAAUAACAAAGUGGUUGCUAUUAAAAAGUCCAAAAUUGGUGAUCAAAGUCAAAUAGAGCAAUUCAUAAACGAGGUAGUUGUGCUUACUCAGAUCAACCAUCGGAAUGUUGUCAAAUUGCUAGGUUGUUGUUUGGAAACAGAAGUUCCCUUACUAGUCUAUGAGUUCAUCACAAAUGGGACACUUUCUGACCAUAUUCAUGAUAAAAGUCGGUCAUCCUUACUCUCAUGGGACAAGCGUUUGAAGAUAGCUGCAGAAACUGCAGGAGCCCUUGCAUAUUUACAUUGUGAAGCUUCUAUGCCAAUUAUACAUAGAGAUGUGAAAACUGCAAAUAUACUUUUGGAUGGUAACCACACAGCAAAAGUAUCAGACUUUGGAGCUUCAAGACUUGUUCCUCUGGAUCAGACACAAUUAACUACGUUGGUGCAAGGAACGUUUGGGUAUUUGGAUCCAGAAUACUUCCGUACUAGCCAUUUGACGGAAAAAAGUGAUGUCUAUAGUUUUGGUGUUGUUUUAGCAGAAUUAUUGACAAGUAAGAAAGUAAUUUCUUUUGUUAGGCCUGAAAGUGAGAGAAAUUUGGCAACGUAUUUUGUUUCUAUGGUAGAAGAGGAUCGCCUAUUGGAAAUUCUUGAUGAUCACAUCUGCAAUGGGAGUAAUGCUGAGGAACUAAAAAAAGUUGCUAAUGUUGCAAAAAGAAGCCUUAGUGUUAAAGGAGACGAUAGGCCUACUAUGAAAGAAGUGGCAGUCGAACUGGAUGGAUUGAGAAUUAAGGAAAAACAUUCAAGGAAAGAAAGUUAAUCACAACACAGAUAACGGGAGUGAGUAUUUUCUUCAUCCGUCCACACACUCUUCAAGCAUCGAUGUUAGCACUGGUUAUUCUUCCAAAAGUACCAUUGAUAGCAUGGGAAAUCAAGCACUAACACCGACAAAUGAUGGCAGAUAAUCCAUUUUUCCUUUAAGCCACAAUCAGGUAGCAUGUUCCUCUAAGUCAACGGAUGAUGGUUGAUUUUGGUCUCUUUGCACGCAGUGUUUAAGUUAUCUCCAUAUAGAUCUUUUUGUAUGUAAAAAUUUUUCUCUCAUGGUCUGCUUUGUAUUAUUGGGAGCUUUUGUACGUAAGAGUGAGCAAGUCUAGUACUGCUCAAUUAGGUGUGUGCUUUGAGGAUCCUUUCAUCAUGUGUUCUAAGUUUUUAUUUGUGAAUUAUGGGUAGAUUAAUUAAUGUAACUUAAAUAUU